AUGCAUCUACAGCAAGCUAACUGGGCAAAGUCAUGUGUUUGGUUUAAAAGCCUUUUUGCCAUUCGUGAUCGGAAUUCGGUGCUUUAUACCGCUGGAAUGAUCAUGCGGAGAUCGGUGUCGCACACAAUGAAAUGUGUUCUCUAUCUGAACGGGUUACGUUCGUUCAGCUCAAUAAGAUCUAGGGUGCACUUUUCAAACACUCUUCAAACUCCCGGCUGUAAUUUUCAAACUGCGAAAAAUGCCGUAGAACGGAUUGUUCUAGGUCUUAAAAAACGUGAAAUUGAUGUUUUUUUGCCGACUGCAAACGAAGCUGACAUGCGUGAAGUAAUAGCUCCUUUUGAGACGCUGAUUAAAGCAGGUUAG